AUGGUUUGUUUUAGGGCUUUAGCUAAAAAAAUAGGAAAACCCUCCAAUGCUGUCCAGUGUCAGACCAUACAACAAACAUUGCAAGAUGGCCGCUCUCAUCACAGAGAACUUCAAUUUUGUCUCGCUCUUCUUCUAGAACAAGGAUGUCAUGAUCUUCAAUGGCCUGAUAGCCCUGGGCACAGUGGCCAGUCAGACCAUGUACAACAUCUUUGUCAUCGACUUCCCGUGCUCUGCUCGGCGGAACUACCUCUACGGCCUGGCAGCCAUCGGGGUGCCCGCCCUGGUGUUCUACCUCGUUGGCGACAUGCUAAAUAAGAGUACCUGGGACCUGGUGUCUGAGUGCCGCCUCAGGAGUUGCCGGAAACUAUCGGGGGCAGCUGCCUUCGCCGUCCUAGCCACUAUCAUUGGCCGAGCGGCCGUGGCUCCUGUGACUUGGACGGUCAUCUGACUAUUACGACUCUGGACAGGGGUUAGAGAUCAUGGGCAUGGCCAGGUUUCCCUGUACGGCUACUGUCCCACAGGAGCUGCAGGGUUUCUGGGCGGAGAUUGAACGCCGGCUGAAGUCUCAGAUAUUUCAUUUUAUCACAUUCCACAAUUCCAUGUUCAUUUCCUGUGUGUUCGGUAGAGAUAUGUUUGUGGCAUUAUAGCUGGUGGAAAGAGGAAGUACAAAUAAACAUUAUUUAUCACUGUGUCAUUACAUUCAAAGGUUUAUCAGUGCCGUUGAUAAGGUUCCUUGGCUAUUUGGCUUCUGUUCCUGUGGUGAUUUGUCAUUGUGUUGUUCCUUUCAGCUGCUAGGUUGGCUGAUGGUGGCGGGAUGUCAGUGGUUCUGUUCCUCCUGCUGUGCAUGAAGCGCUGCUGCUCUCCCCUGGGCUACCAAUAGGAGGCGUACUGGUCCCAGUUCAGCUCCAACAAGCAUGACCUUUUCCGCGCACGGCCGAUGUGCACGCCCGCACCCUAACCGCCGACAGCGUGAAGAGCUACUUUGGUUUCGUGGCGAAAGAGGAGAAAGAGAAACUGGAGGAGCACAAGAGCGCCAGCUCCAUCUUUAAUACAGUGUGGAACCGGAUCACUGGGGUCUACCUGUACAAAGAGAACAAGGGACUGCCCCUCUACAACCGCUUCAACAAGUGGGACCAGUACAGUGUGGAGAACAACACUGAGGCCAUAGAGAAAGAGAUCCUGGGAACCAACAGGGAGUGCAGGCUUUUGUACCAGCCCAGCACUGACAUAUUCAACUGA